AUUCCUGCACUCCGUCCCGUGUGCGCGAAUGCGCGUCUCCGCGUCCCGGGGCGGCGCGUCGGGGCGGAGAGUUUGCUACGGAUCUCCCUCUUUUAGGAGUAUGAAACUCGAUCCCGUCGUGCCGGUAGCGUCCGGUAUAUAACGGUAGCCAGCGGAAGAGGCUGUGAGACUAAUAUCAGUCUGAUCGAAGAGAUGAGUCGCAGUUCUCCAGAUGUCCCGCACUUUCAGAAAUAAGCUGACGAACAGACCGCGCGCUCCGUUAUUCCUGCUCGUUUCCAAGGAGAACAUGAUGCGUCCUGGAAGGAUAGACAGAUAAUGACUGCAUUGCUUGCUUUCAGUCAAUCGAUGAUACUUAGGGGGGGCUUUUUACGCAUGAGAAGAAGAUUGCAUGGACACACCAGCUUUGAAUUAAACUCACCGAUAUCUAUUUUUGUAUGAAACCAUGAGCUCGCUGUUGUUUGGAGAGGGUUUUUUGGGCGGAGUGGUGAGCGGCGCGACGUCGGAAGCGGUUCCCAGAGCUCUGCGCAACGACCUGGGAUCCAACAUCCAUGCCCUCAAGAGCCUCAAUCUGAGGUUCCGCUGCUUCCUCGCCAAAGUCCAUGAGCUGGAGAGAAGGAACAAACUUCUGGAGAACCAGCUGAAGCAAGCCUCCAGUCAGCCGAGGCAUCCGGGCUUCACCUUCACGCGCGAAGUCGCAGUCCAGACGGACUCUCUGGAGUCCAGGCUUCCGGGCAACAUCUGGAGUUUUACGCAUAUUUUGAGACACGGAGAGCGCGUGAAGACUGUGCAGGGACCCGGGGUCACCUGGACCCAUCCGGACGGGGUUGGGGUUCAGAUCGACACCAUCACCCCAGAACUGAGAGCCUUGUAUAACGUCCUGGCCAAAGUCAAACGGGAGCGGGAUGAGUACAAGAGAAGAUGGGAGGAGGAGCUGUCGAGAAGAGAACAGAUGGAGUCGAUGGUGCAGACGCUUCAGGAGAACGUAAACGAAUCCGAAGCCAUUCAGGACGAGUUGAACGAGAAGGUCGAAAGACUGAAAGCUGAACUGGUGGUGUUCAAGAGCCUUAUGAGCGAUCAAAUGUCCGACCUCGACACCAAGAUUCAGGAGAAAGCCAUGAAGGUAGACAUGGACAUCUGCAGGAGAAUCGACAUCACGGCCAAACUGUGUGACGUGGCCCAGCAGAGGAACUCAGAGGACAUGUCCAAGAUGUUCAACAUCAGUCCAUCCAGAGCACCAGCAGACAGGACGGCUGUGGUGUGCAAAAAGAAGGAGAAGAAGCCAGUCUCAGAUGAGGAAAGCUCAGAGAUGGAUGCAGAUCCCAGCUCCUCGGAGGAGGACGUCCCGUUUAACAUCACCGAUGAGAUGAAGCGCAUGAUCAACCAUCUACAUUGUUCAGAUAACUCAUUUGUUGCUAGGCGGGAGACGUCUGAGAUGGAUGAUGACUGUGACAGUUUGACAUGGGAAGAGAACGAUGAUACGCUGCUGCUAUGGGAGGAUUUCAACAAUUACAACAUGCCCUACAGCCUCACCAACAGCAGCGCUGCCCCGGACUCCAACGGAGACGCACACGACACUGAUUGCAGUCUGGGAAAUCUCAUCGAUGAGACCGAGUCUCUUUUCAAGACCAGAGAGCAGGAAUAUCAGAAGACGAUCGGACAAAUCGAGAUGGAGUUGGCCACGGCUAAGAGUGACAUGAACAGACAUCUGCAUGAGUAUAUGGAGAUGUGCAGCAUGAAGCGAGGGCUGGACGUACAGAUGGAGACCUGCAGGAGAAUGAUCAAGGGUGGCAGAAAUUCUCUUUCCAUCAGCUCAUCCGCGAGCAGUGACUCAGGGAACACUGACGAGAUACAAGAGGAGUCGGACAAGGACGGAGAGACGGAGGGGCCAAUCAGCUGAUACCUGCCCAGUCUGGCCCCGCCCUCUUCCUCCCACCGAGCUCCAAUCAGCUCUCGGGCCUCCCAGCAAUCGACCAAUGGUAUUACACUGAGGGACAGAGCCCACUCCCAC